UGGGGAAAGAAGAGACCCACAAUUGUCGAUGACAAAACUUGAAAACUCAUUUUUGUUGUCUUCCGUAAUUUUAAUUAGCUAUAGCGACAUAGACCGAUAGGCAGACAAUAGACGCGAAAAAACGAAAAAGAAACGAUACCAAUUGCUUAUUGUAACAAACAAAAAAAGAAAAAAAAAAAUAGAGAAAACAUAUGUACAAGGAGAUAAAAAAACGACGUGAUAUAAAUGAAAACUUCAGGGAAAACUCUGCAUGGCAUCCAUGAGCACAAAACAAAAAGGAAAAUCGACGACCACAAAAACAGUUAAUUUUGGGGGAAAGACAAACAAACAAAACAAUUGAAAUAUCUUUAAGCAUAUUUUUCUGUGGAUCUUGAGAAAAAUUUGGAUUUCAAAGAUAAAGGUGUUUUUAAUCACUCCCCAAAAAUCCCCCAUUCCCCUCACAGCGGAAAACUAACGUGGAAAAUAUUAAAACGUAUUUUUAUUCUAUUAAACGAUACUUUUGCUCUCUGAACUCUUUCGCAAGAGUUGUUUUUUCAAUUCCUUCGGACGAUUUGAUCGGCCAACCAAAAACACCACCGACAUACAUUAUACCAAUAUAUACAACAACAUACCUGCUGUAGUGCAAUGAUGGAGUCCCCUCCUCUAUUCAAUAGUGUUGAAGAUGAAUGUCGUUAUUGGAAGGAAAGAGCCAAACUCUAUCACAAAGAGUGGACAGAUGUUAAGCAAGAGUAUGACGAAUAUGUGGAGCAAUCUCGGGAAAUGGAAGCCGAAAUGGAUGCUACACUUGAUCAAAAAACAGCCACAAUUAAAGAUCUCAGGUUUAAGAUAACCUCUUUGGAGAAAGAAAAUGAAUCACUUAAGCUCAAACUCGAAUCGCAUAAUGUAGAUUUUACCAGUGUUGAAAAACAGUUGGAAAAUGUAAAAUUAGAACGAGACUCGAUGAAAGAAUACCUGCGUCAAUUGGAACAGAAAAAUGAUGAUCUCGAACGAGCACAUCGCAUACUCAAUGAAAGUAUUGUCGAUUUUGAACGAAUGCUGGAUAAAGCAUAUGAAAAGAAUGCUUUACUUGAAAUGGAAGUCGAUGAGAAAGAAGUGUUACAAGAAAAACUACAAAGGCUUAUGGAUGAGACAAGAGAUCUUAAACAGGAACUUAAUGUGAAAACACGUUACACCAGCCCCAAUGGCACACAACAAAAUGGUCUUAGUCCGGGAUCGGAAGUUACCACACCGAAUGGUAUUAACGGUGAUAUUAUGUCGCAUGCUGAGACGGCGACAGCGACCACAAACAUCUUGAAUAACACCAACACAACAAAUUCAACAACAAACAUCAAUGAUUAUCAACUGCAGCAGCGCUCAUUAAAAAGAAAACCAUUUGGCGAUCCGGAUAAUUUACUUAAUGGCAAUGCAGCAAUGACCGCUUCUUCACGUACAACUGCAUUGAAUAUCGUUGCCGAUAUGCUCAGAAAAAUCAAUUUGGAUAAAGCUCUCUUGUGUCAUCAAUGUGAGAGAUUCCGUUGUGUAUGUGAGCGAACGCCAGCCGCUGAAAAAACCCUCGGUGUCAGCACCGCCACAACAGCAUCAAACGACUCCAAUGCCCCUCGAAGCUCUACAGAUCAAUUGAAUUGCAAUAGGACACCGGCAGCCGAGGAGUCACCCGAUAAUAAUAACGUUUUACUGCGACGUUCGACAAGUCAAAGUAAUACUAGUCUCAAUUUUGGUACAAAUAUUUUCAAACGUUUUGCCGAACGCAUGAGUGCCAACAAUAAUUUCUUGGCUACCACUCUAAGAUCGGCGACAUCAAGUAACGACAUACUAAAAGACCCAUGAUAACUGCGACGACUGCACAUACAUACGUACAUAUGCAUAUGUAUAUAUAUGUAUGUGUGAGAUAUAUACGCAUAUUUUUCUAUUUCGAAACAAAAAAAAAAUAGCAAAGGACUGAUGAUUUUACAAAAGAUAAAACAAAAGCUCACUCACUAAGCCGCAAACAUAGUCUUUAGUUUUAGCAUUAGAAGACAUAUUUCUUUCUAGUUUUAACCUUAACCUUAAUGUUAAUGUUUAUUUAUAAAUUUGUUUAAUUUACCUAUGACCCUUUAUGUAUUUUA